UUACCUUGUAGUAACCCUAACCUUAAUCCUAGCACUCCAUGUGUUCAUGAACAUACUUCUAAAGCUCCGACGAGCUUACCGGAAGUUUAAACUCCCUCCUGGACCACGGGGCCUACCAAUAAUUGGUAACCUUCAUCAAUUAGGGUUUCAGCCACAUCAAACUCUUUGUCGUCUUUCGAAGAUAUACGGGCCAGCCAUGUACCUCCGGCUAGGCCAACUACCGACUAUUGUUGUCUCCUCCGCAGACACGGCUGAAGAAGUCCUUAAAACUAAGGACAUCAUCUUCUGCACUAGGCCUCCUCUGAGCAAACCUAGGAAGAUGUUCUACGGAGGGCUUAACAUUGCCUUCACUCCCUACAAUGAGUAUUUGAAGCAAGCAAGAAGGUUAUGUACUUCACAUCUUCUUAACUCUUCCAAAGUUCAACUUCUCAAGCCUAUAAGAGAGGAAGAGAUUCAAACCCUAAUGAAUACUAUAAGGCAUCAAUGUUCUUCAUCUUGCAAUAAUUAUGGUUUGGUGAAUCUUAGUGAUAUGCUUCUUUGUCUCUUGAAUAACAUCACAUGUAGACAAGUGUUUGGUAAGAGGUUUGAGGAAGACGGUGAGUGUGGGAGAAGUAAGUUUCAUGAGCUUGUCACUGAAUGGACUAGUCUCAUGGGACACUUCAACAUUGGAGAGUUCUUUCCAUCCAUGGAGUGGAUUAACUUGCUCACUGGUUUACAUGGUAAGUUCAAGAAGUGCUUCAAGAAGAUCGAUGAUUUCCUCGAUGAAGUUAUCGAUGCCCACAUUAUCGAAGAUGGCAAUGAUCAAGGCUGUUUCUUAAGCACACUUCUUCGAUUUCACAAUGAUUCUUCGAUGGAGAUCCCGAUCACUAGAGAAAGUAUCAAAGCUUUUCUCAUGGAUUUAUUCAUUGCCGGGACCGAUACGGGGACGUUAGUACUAGAAUGGGGGAUGGCAGAGCUAAUGAAGAACCCUAAAGUGAGAAGAAAAGCACAAAAUGAAAUAAGAACAGUAGUAGGAUCUUCAAAAAGAAAGGUGGAGGAGAGUGAGCUUCAUCAACUCAAAUACUUAAAACAGGUAGUGAAAGAGAUCCUAAGAUUGCACCCUCCUGCAGCCUUUCUCCUCCCAAGAGAAGCCAGAGAAGAAUGCACCAUUAAUGGGCAUGCAGUGCCAUGCAAAACAAGAGUGAUGUUGAAUGUGUGGGCAAUAGGGAGAGACCCAGAGAAGUGGGAAGAUGCAGAGAAGUUCAAGCCAGAGAGGUUUGAGAAAAGUUUGGUGGAUUAUAAGGGACACAACUUUGAGUUGUUGCCAUUUGGGGCAGGGAGGAGAGGGUGCCCUGGUGUAGGGUUGGGGAGUGUUGUAGUGGAGCUUGCACUAGCUAAUCUUUUGCAUGGGUUUGAUUGGGAAAUGCCAGAGGGCAUGGAGGAUGAAGAUGUUGACAUGGAGGAGUCCUUUGGAAUAGUCCUACGUAAAAAGUCAGCACUUGUACUCAAGGCCAUCCCUUAUGUUUAAGGUAGGGCCAAAACUAUACAUUAUUAGUUGGUUUCGAAUAAAAUAUGAAAUAAAAAGCAAUGUUAAGGAUAAUUCGAUAAGUGAGGGCCAGCAAAAGGUUACAAGUGGUGUCCAACUGGAUAAUGGUGAUCAUGGAUUCCUAGUUAUAAAUACUAAUAAUCUUAUGUCGUUGGAAAAAAAAAUAUAUUUAUUAAUAAAUGAC